AUGGUGACACAGCUACACUGUGACAUGCACACGGAGCGACAUGGAGUCACUUCCACUCAUGAUGACCUGUCCAAGGCACUCAGUGACCUGGAUGCCAUGGCAGACACGCAGGUGACAGACACACGCAUGGCAAAGCACGGACACUCGGCCGGUAUGAAGCGGCCACUGAGCCCCUCUCCCCUGGCUGAGAAGGAGCCCCCCCUAUCUGGAGCUGCCGAGUGCCCUCCCCGGCCCUCAGAGCCGCCCAAGCCCAAGCGGGAGAGGAAGCGGCCCUCGUUCACCGUCUGUGACGUCUGCAACAUCCAGCUGAACUCGGCGGCCCAGGCCCAGGUGCACUGCGGCGGGCGUGCCCACCAGCGGCGGCUGCGGCAGCUCAGCCUGGGGAAGAGCCCCGCAGGGCCAGAAGUGCAAGCGCUACUUCAGCGAGCUCUGGAAAGAGGAGUUUCCCUGGUGGACUUUGACUCCACGCGGAAGCUGAUGUUUUGCCUCGAGUGCCGCCAGGCCCUGGUUCGGAACAAGCAUGGCAAAGCCGAGAAUGCCUUCACUGUGGGCACCGACAACUUCCAUCGCCACGCCCUGCUGCGCCACGGAGAGGCAGCCCACCCGGGGCUGGCCGCCAGCCCCGGCCCCCAGGGCAUCAAGGCAGAGGCGGACCCGGCAAAAGUGGCUGUGCUGACCACCGUGUACUGCAUGGCCAAGGAGGACGUGCCCGAUGACCGCUGCUCCGCCCUGCUCGAGCUGCAGAGGUUCAACCUGUGCCAGGCGCUGCUGGGCACGGAGCACGGUGACUACUGCAGCCCCAGGAGAGUGAGGGACAUGCAGGUGGCUCUUGCCAGUGUCUUGCACACAGAGGCCUGCCAGCGCCUGAAGGCGUCCCCAUAUGUGGGGCUGCCUGUCACCACCUUCCUGGGCAGUGUGGAGCUCCAGGAGGGCGAGGCCACUGCUGGCCAACUCCGGGACAUCCUGCAGGCCUUUGGUGUGUCUGCACCCAAGCAGGCCUGGCUCAACUCCAGCCUCCCCAGUGACCGCCUAGGGAGUUUGGGCCUGCAGCUCCAGGCCGCCUGCCCGCUGCUCACUGAACUGCACUGCCUUCCUGGCCGGCCGGACCCAGCGCGCCUGCCUACCUCGGUGAAUACGAGUGUCCUGGAUGCCCUAUUCCACCUUCAUAGUGGGCCCAGCUCCCACGUGGUCCCCGAGCUCCGGGCGGCACUGGACCUUGCGGCUAUUGAUGUGGCGGGACCACGGCCCGUCCCCUGGGCCUCCGUGCCGCCAGUGGUGGAGGCAGUGGCCCAGGCGUGGCCUUGCCUGGUGCCCAUGCUGGAAGCCUCUGCCCCAGCCUCUCCCCUAGCUGGGGCCCUGGCCCUGGCCCUUCGUCAGUUCACCUUCGUGGCCUUCACCGACCUGCUGCUGGAUGCGCUGCCCUUGACGCAGAAGCUCGCCCUUGUCCUUGGGCCAGAGGAGCCAGACUUGGCCUUGCUGCAGCCCCGGGAACUGGCAUCCUCAGGCAAGGACAGUGAGGGCGGCGCGUCCUGCACCUACCGCGGCGUGGCACUGGUCGGCUACUCGGAGGCGGCCGUCCAGGAGGGGCUGCGGGACGCCUACCCCGGGCCUUCGCUGGACGCCGUAGCGGCCUUCGCCACCAUCUUUGACUCCCGCCAGUCCCCGCAGGCGCCCGAGGAGCUGCGCCCCACGGCGAGGGGCCGCUGCGCACCCUGCUGCAGGCUGCGGCACCGGGGGGCACGGCGGGCGCGGGGCGACUUCGCGCUCUUUGAGCGCGUGGUGUGCAGCCUCGGGCGGCUCGGCCGCGGGCCCUCUGGCCCGAUCUCCAGCGCCCCCAGCCCCCUGCUGGCCUCCCUGCCCCUGCCCACCAGGCCUCUGCAGCCCCCACUGGACUUCAAGCACUUGCUCGCCUUCCACUUCAAUGGCGCCCCGCUCAGUCUCUUCCCCAACUUCAGCACGAUGGACCCAGUGCAGAAAGCCGUCAUCAGCCACACAUUUGGGGUCCCCUCCCCUCUGAAGAAGAAGCUCUUCAUUUCCUGUAACAUCUGUCACCUGCGCUUCAACUCAGCGAACCAGGCUGAAGCACAUUAUAAAGGCCACAAACAUGCCAGAAAACUGAAGGCCGUGGAAGCCGCCAAGAGCAAGCAGAGGCCACAGAGGCCGGCCCAGGGCGGAACACUGGCGUCCCCAGCCCCAACUCUGGCUGGUGGAGAACCCGAACCCGCAGAGCCUCAGAGCAAAGCUGCACCUGCCGCCCCGCCCCCCGGCCCCUCCCUCCAGCCGGCUCUGACUCCCGCCGCAGCGCCCCGGGAACCAGCCCACCCAGACCUCCUGGAUGCUGCCUCAUCUUCUUCGUCAUCCUCUCCUUCCUCCUGCCCACCCUGCUCCCCAGAGCCUGGGUCGGAGGUGCCAGAGCCGGAGCCGCUAGCGGCUGCCGUGGGAAGCAGUGUGAGCGGGGAAGGCCGGGGUGACAAGGGGCGUCUCUACUGCCCCACAUGUAAGGUGACCGUGAAUUCCACCUCCCAGCUUCAGGCUCACAACACAGGAGCCAAGCAUCGGUGGAUGGUGGAAGGUCAGCGAGGAGCUCCCCGAAGGGGCCAGGGCCGCCUGGUACCCCAGGGAGGAGCUGGACACAAGGCCAAAAGAGUGUCUGGGGGCCGGGGGAGCAGGCAGGGGCCCAGCCCCACUUUCCACUGUGCUCUCUGUCAGCUCCAGGUCAAUUCAGAGACCCAACUCAAGCAGCACAUGAGCAGCAGGAGGCACAAAGACCGCCUGGCGGGGAAGUCCCCCAAGCCCUCCAGCCAGCACAGCAAGCUGCAGAAGCACGCAGCGCUGGCUGUGAGUAUCCUCAAGUCUAAACUGGCCUUGCAGAAGCAGCUCACCAAGACGCUGGCCGCCCGCUUCCUGCCCAGUCCGAUUCCCACUGCGGCCGCUGCCAUCUGUGCCCUGCCCGGGCCCUUGGCCCUCCGGCCUGCCCCUGCAGCAGCCACCACCCUCUUCCCGGCUCCCAUCCUGGGCCCAGCUCUGUUUCGCACCCCGACUGGAGCCGUCCGUCCCGCCACGGGACCCAUAGUGUUUGCUCCCUACUAG